ACAAGUCAAACACAACAAUUAAAACCCCACAAAUACUAUAUAAGCUCCCUAAGUCCCAACACAACUGAAGACAAAUGAGCCCAUAAUCCUGCAAAAGAGCCACCCACGGGCGUAGAAAAGCCAUGAAAGAGUGACUGUGACUCUUGUGAACUCACUCGCUCACCCAUCCAUCAUCACCAUCAUAAAUUCCUUCACGCUCCCUCCCUCUCCCUUCUCAUCUCAAAGCGCUCUCCUUUUUCCAUUUCAUCUCUUAUAUAUGUAUAUAUAUAUAAUGUUCCUUCAUGCUCGCAACUCACAGAGAAGAGAAAAGGGAAGAAAAAUGAAAUGGCUAUUCAAACUUCGGCUUCCACUGUUGCUCUGCUUAGUGCCUGGUUUAAUUGCAGAGGGGCCCUGGUACGAUUACACUGCUUAUACUGAGUGCAAAUCUCACCCUGAGGGUCCCCUUUACGGCGGAGGAGUUCUCAAUGGAGACUCCGGCGAGGUUCAGGCGGCGUAUAACAAGGCGGAGGCUGGGUUCUCUUCGCCGUCGUUUGUACUGUACGAUCUCACCCAGAAUACUAGAUACAGCUUCUCUUGCUGGGUGAAAAUCAAAGGAGCCGAAUCGGCCCUCUUGAAGGCGCGAGUGUCAACAGAGAAUUCGACAUUGAAAUGCAUAGGGACAGUGUUGGCUAAGAGUGGCUGCUGGUCUUUUCUCAAGGGUGGUUUUGUUCUGGACUCUCCCUCAAAAAUAUCAUUGCUCUUUUUCGAGAUCACUGGUGAUAAAAAUCGUAUUGAUAUCUUAGCUGCAAGUGCCUCAUUACAACCCUUCUCAGUUGAGCAGUGGGAGAUGCACCGUCAAGAUACUAUAAGAACGAAAAGGAAGCGAGCAGUGGCUAUUCAUGUAUCGGACACAAAGGGGAAUCAAAUCACAGGAGCAUCCGUUGUGGCUNCUCGGCAACUAUCUAAAGACUUCCCAUUUGGUUCUGCAAUAGCCAAAACAAUCAUAGGGAAUUCUGCUUAUCAGGCUUGGUUCAUUGAGCGUUUCAACGCUGCAGUGUUUGAGAACGAGCUCAAAUGGUACGCUACGGAGCCCAAUCCAGGCAAGCUAAACUACACUCUAGCCGACCAAAUGCUAGACUUCAUCCACUCCAACCAAAUCCUUGUCCGAGGCCACAACAUUUUCUGGGAGGACCCAAAGUACACCCCUCCGUGGGUCCGCAACCUCACCACCGACGCCCUCAGAUCCGCUGUCAGCUCCCGGAUAGAGAGCCUAAUGUCAAGAUACAGAGGAGAGUUUGUGCACUGGGAUGUGAGCAAUGAGAUGCUUCAUUUUGAUUUCUAUGAAGACAGGCUUGGACCUAAUGCUACAUUGGAGUUUUUUGAGACGGCGCAAAAGGCAGACCCAUUGGCUACUAUGUUCAUGAAUGAUUUCAAUGUUGUUGAGACCUGCGAGGAUGUGAAUUCGACUGUGGAUUCUUAUGUGUCGAGGUUGAAGGAGUUAAAGAGCGGAGAAGCUAUUUUGGAGGGGAUUGGAUUGGAGGGGCAUUUCAGUAAGCCAAAUGUUCCUCUGAUGAGGGCUGUGUUGGAUAAAUUGGCGACGCUGGAGCUUCCAAUUUGGUUGACAGAGAUUGAUAUUAGCAAAAACUUUGAUCAAAAUAUGCAGGCUAUUUAUCUCGAGGAAGUUUUGAGAGAAGGCUUCGCCCACCCAUCAGUAAACGGCAUAAUGCUAUGGACUGCGCUCCAUCCAAAUGGGUGCUAUCAAAUGUGCCUCACAGACAACAAUUUCGUCAAUCUGCCUGCUGGAGACGCCGUCGACAAACUUUUACAGGAAUGGCAAACUAAAGAAACCUCAGGGAUAACCGAUAACCGCGGUGUUUACAGUUUUAAUGGGUUUUUAGGGGAGUAUACGGUAGUUGCUCGUUAUGAGAAUAGAUCGGUGGAGGCUACACUGUCAUUGUUUAGGGGAGAUGAGACUCAGCAUUUGAACCUUCAACUUUGAUGGUUGUUCUUUUUUAUUCUGAGAAUAGAGAACUUGAGGGCAUAUUUGGAGCAAAUUUUGUUUCAUCCAGUGAAGUAUACAAGGGUGUAUAAGCAGAUGUCAUCGAAAUCUGCAAGGAAUCUAACAUGAAUCUUCAUUUCACUUAGGCAUUCUGUUUUUUGUAGCUGCGGAUGUUGCAUCAAACUCUUACUAAUGAAAUUCAGGGAGUUAUAUGCACA